UCGCGAUUCAGUUGAUCGGUCACGGUGCACCCACUCUGGACGCGAAGCUACUGACGCAGAGAGCUCCAGUUUCGUUAAGCACAGCCGUAUAGGUGUGAGCAAGUAUAGCGCAAGAUGGCAGGGGAACACAAUACGGAAUCCGGUGCGGAACAGCCCGUAGUCGCCGAGCGAGCAACAGCAACUACACCGACGGAGGCAUCAGUUGAAAAGUCAUCCGAUGCUGUUGGUGCUGCCGUGGAAAUAGUUGAGGAAAAGAAGGUUGAUCAGCAGCAGGAAACAGUGCAGGAGUUAGUUGCUGACGUAGUUGAGGAGGAGAAGCCUGAACAGCAGCAGGAAACAGUGCGGGAUGCAUUACAGGAAGCAUCGGUGGAAAAAGUGCUGGUGGAUGGUGGAAUGAUGGAGGAAACCAGUGCAGCAGUGCAACAAAUAGUGGAAGAACCGCACCAUGAAGCCUCGUCGGACGUAUCCGUAAAGGAGGAAGCGGUAGCUGAUGUAUCUGCAGCUGCGGAACCGACAGAGGCAGUGGAAAACAACGUGACGACGGAGCAAGCAAACAGUGAACCGGAGAAAUCCGCUUUAAUAAAUGAAACAGACGUUGCCGAGCAUCCUGUUGCUAGUGAAGAAAGCUCUAUCGCUCCGCCAGCAGUCGCUGAUGCUGCCACUAGCUCUGGUGAGCUUCCCCAGUAUCUGUACAAUGCCAUGGAACAGGUGGCAAUCGAGCAGGGCUUUACGGCGGGCAAGUUCAAGAUAGAGUUUGACGUCGGUUCCAACAAGGGCGAUGGUUUCGUGGGACAAAUGUUCAAAGCUUUCCUGCAAGAGGGCGAUCGACGGGAGGUGUAUUUGUGCAAGAUUCCACCGCUGAACGAGGCACGCCGUCGGCAGUUCCAAUCGAUGACUAUCUUUAGCCGCGAAACGCUUGCUUACAAGAGUCUGCUACCGCUGAUAUUCACCUACCAGCAGGAGAAGGGCAUCAGCCGGGAGGAUGGGUUCUUCAACGUGCCGAAAUGUUACUAUGCCGAGUGUGACGAAUCCACCGAACAGUCGGUCAUCAUCAUGGAGGAUCUGCGGCUGAAGGACUACCGCAUGUGGAAUAAACUGGUACCUGUGAACUACGAACAUGCGCGGCUAACUAUGCAGCAGUUGGGUCGACUGCAUGCCGUAUCGCUGGCGAUGAAGCGUGACCGGCCGGCCGAUUUCGAGCAGUUUAAGGUGCCGGACCCGCUGGAUGUGAUGAUGCCGGAAGGUAGUCCGUUGGAGGCGAUGUUGAUUAAAAUGCUCACCGAUGCGAAGGAAACGCUUGAACCGAACGAAACCAAGGAGCGGACGAAGAUGCAGAAGCUGAUUGACAAUAUGCGGCAGGAGAUGAAAAACUGUACGGAUGGUGCGCUGGCGGAGCCCUAUGCCGUGCUCGGUCACGGUGACUGUUGGGUGAACAACUUUAUGUUUCACUAUAAGAACGGCGCCCCAGAGCAUGUAAUUCUGCUCGAUUGGCAAAUCACGCGGUACGUCUCGCCGGUCACGGACCUGUCGUACUUCAUCUUCUGCUGCACGGACGGAGAGUUCCGGCGGCGGCACUACGACGAGAUGAUGAGCAUCUACUACAACUCGCUGGAAGCACUGCUCGAAAAGCUUGGCCACAACCCGCAGGAAGUGUUCCCGCGGACGGCGCUGAUGCGACAGCUGCGCCGCUUCGGUCGGUUCGGCAUACUGAUGGCCAACUUCCUGGUGCCCAUGCUGUGCACGCGCAACGAAGAUCUGCCCGAUAUGGACGAGGUGGCCGAAAAGUAUCGCGAAACGAAUGAGAUGGAUUUGAACGCGAUGACGCUGAAUGCGAACCAGAGGGCGUACCGGGAGCGCAUGAGCUCGGCGAUACGGGACAUGGUGCAAUAUGGCUACCUGUAAGCUCGGGGGCAUCGCCGCAUCUGGCCACCUCCAAGGGAAUUUGCGAUAACAUUGCGAUAUGUGUACGCGUGACGUGUUCAUCGCACAAGGUGUACAAGCAAUGGUGGGAAGGCUCGAAAGUGUGCACGAGCUUAGCAAGAGUCGGUGUACUUUUAGAUUUAGGAAAACCCCCUCGCUGGAAAGCUUUCUGAGAGACACAUGCAGAGGAUGUAAAUACAGCUGUUUGCUGUACGCAAAUAAAAACACACCGUAGAUCAUUUGUGGAGACAAACGGAGAAUGAAAAGGAAAUAAUUGUAAAUUUAUCCCCACCUGCCCGUGUAUAUGACGCUUCAUGUCGAUAAAAUGAACCGUUCCGAUAAGCCUCCUGCUAUCGUGCGUGUGGAUUUAUCUUAUCUUAAAUUGUUUUUAAAUAAACUUGACACCUGUA